ACCUUAGAGUAUUUGUCCCUUUCCGCCACCACGCGAGGCCCGCACCAAGAUGGCCAAGAAAAACAAACCUAAGACCUUGGAUAACGAGGAUGACGGGGGCGCUGAAGAGGAGGAGCCAGAUUUUAGUGAUCCUGAAGAUUUCGUUGAGGAAAUCACCGAGGAAGAACUUCUCGGAGAUUUGUUACGCCAAAAGCCGAAGGAAACUGAUGGUGUAGAGUCUGUUAUCAUAGUUGAUGGAGUGCCGUCAGUUGGCGCUGAGAGGCUGGAGAAACUGAAAAAUGUUGUUCGUAAAAUCUUCAAAGAAUAUGGCACCCUCCUCAAUGAAUUCUACCCUAUGAAUGAGGAGGGCAAGACAAAAGGAUACAUCUUCCUUGAGUUCAAGGAUCGUGCAGCUGCUGAAGAAGCUGUGAGACAACGUAACAACUACAAACUGGACAAACAGCAUACUUUCCUCUGUAAUCUUUUCACUGAUUUCGACAAGUAUGAAAACAUUCCUGAUGAAUUUGUUGCACCAACACCUCAGCCAUACAAAGAUCUGGGAAAUAUGAGCUUUUAUCUACUUGAUGAAAACUGCUUUGACCAGUUUUCAAUUAUCUGUGAUGGCGGUACAACCACUGCUAUCUACCUUAAUUCUGUUCCGGAAGCUGUAGAAAUUGCUAAGAGAGAGAGAUGGACAGAAACUUAUGUUCGGUGGUCUCCGAGAGGAACUUACCUGGCCACUUUCCAUGGCAAAGGUAUUGCUCUUUGGGGUGGGGAAGAAUUUCACCAAGUUCAAAAGUACAGCCAUCUAGGUGUCCAGUUUAUAGAUUUCUCUCCAUGUGAAAAGUACAUUGUGACCUUCUCCCAACAUGUUGACCAAAGGUCUGAAGAGCCCCAAUCCAUAAUCAUUUGGGAUGUCCGCUCCGGCCAAAAGAAACGUGCCUUCAAUGCAGAGAAGCCUCCAGUUUGGCCAGUAUUCAAGUGGUCUAAUGAUGACAAAUACUUUGCAAGAAUUGGUGAAGAUAUGCUUAGUGUUUAUGAAACUCCAUCAUUUGGUCUACUAGACAAGAAGAGUAUCAAGGUCAUGGGAAUCAAAGAUUUCAGCUGGUCUCCGACAGACAAUAUUUUGGCUUAUUGGAUUGCUGAGGAUAAGGAUGUACCUGCAAAGGUGUCACUUGUCUCCAUACCAAGUCGAGAAGAAAUCAGAACUAAGAAUUUGUUCAAUGUAGCUGACUGCAAAAUGCACUGGCAAAAAUGUGGUGAUUACCUCUGUGUAAAAGUUGCCAGGUAUGCCAAGGCCAAGCGUGAAAAGAAUGAGGUUAAGUACUCUGGUAUUUACUACAAUUUCGAAAUCUUCCACAUGAGAGAGAAAGGCAUUCCAGUUGACAGUUUGGAAAUCAAGGAAAGCAUUCAGGCCUUUGCUUGGGAGCCAGUGAACAACAAGUUCGGCAUCAUCAGUGGUGAACCCCCAAGUGUUAAUGUAACAUUCUUCCAAGUCAACAAAGGUCAGGCUCCCUCAGAACUCAAGAAACUAGAAAAACGUCCAUGCAACAACCUCUUCUGGUCACCUCAGGGUCAGUUUGUAGUGCUGGCUGGUCUACGCAACAUGAGCGGUGCUCUGGAAUUUAUUGAUACUAAAGAUUUCCAGGUGAUGAUGAGCACAGAGCACUUCAUGGCCACUGACAUUGAGUGGGACCCCACUGGGCGUUACGUUGCUUCUUGUGUCUCUUGGUGGGGACAUAAGGUGGACAAUGCUUACUGGCUGUGGUCUUUCCAAGGGAAAAUUCUGAAGCGCCAAAAUGUAGAGAAGUUGUGCCAGUUGUUGUGGCGGCCACGACCUCCAGCCCUAAUUACAUCACAAGACAUUAAGGAUAUCAAGAAGAACAUGAAGAAAUAUGCUGCCAACUUUGAAGUACAAGAUAAAAUGAGAUACAGCAAGGCAAGUCGAGAGAUCAUAGAAAAGCGUCAGAAACAGAUGAGUACCUUCACUGAAUACAGAAAGAAGAUGAACGACAUGUUUGAAGAAGAUAAGGAGAAUCGGCUUCGUCUCCGUGAUGGGCAGGACACUGACACUCUCACUUCAAAUGAAAAUGACUUUGAGGAAGAAACUGUAGAGUUCUUAGUGAAGAAAGACACGGUAAUAGUGGACGAGUAAUCACUUGGAGUCUUACCGUCCCUUGGCUAUCUCUGGUGUGGCCUCGACAGUUGGUGGUGGUGGUAACGAAAGAUCCAGAACGUUGUCACGAAAUCUGUCUUGAUAAACUUGCAACACUUAGGUGCGUAACUAAGGGAAAAGACUCGGUGGGAUUUAAGUGGCCUACUAAGAAUUAUUCUAGUAAUCAAAUUUGAAUUUCUGAUACUUCAGUUUUUAGUGAGAAGUGUUGUGUUGCUAUUCAUGAGGUACAUGAUAUUGUGACAUUACAUAAUAUACUAUAGACUUAACUUGUGAAUAAGAUAUUUAAGCCAUGUCAUUUUGGGCUGAUUGGUGUGUUAUUUUAACUGCUAUACUCUAUUACAGUGGCUUAUAUCAUAUUCCAUUUAGGAAAAAUAUCAGUUUGGUUAUUAAAUUAUAUAUGAA